GCAGGGCGCGGGGCGCUGGUGGUGCUGGCCCACCCGGAGCGGACCUCCUUCAACCACGCCAUGAAGGAGGCGGCGGUGGAGGCGCUGCAGCAGCGCGGCUGGACCGUCGCCGUCUCCGACCUGUACGCCAUGCGCUUCAACCCGGUGCUCUCCAGGGACGACGUCACCGGCCGCCCCAAGGACGCGCAGCACUUCAGCUACCCGGCCGAGACGGGGCUGGCCUGGCAGGAGGGGCGCCUGAGCCGCGACAUCGUGGCCGAGCAGAAGAAGCUGGAGGCGGCCGAGCUGGUCAUCUUCCAGUUCCCCUUGCAGUGGUUCGGCGUGCCAGCCAUCCUGAAAGGGUGGUUCGACCGGGUCCUCACCUCCGGGUUUGCCUACUCCUACUCAGGCAUGUAUGAACAGGGGCCCUUCCAGAAAAAGAAGGCGCUGCUCUCCUUUACCACCGGCGGACAGGGCUCCAUGUACACCCCCCAAGGCAUCAACGGAGAUAUCAACAUCCUCCUGUGGCCAUUGCAGAGCGGAACCCUCCACUUCUGUGGCUUCCAAAUCUUGGAGCCCCAUAUAGCCUUCAACAUUGGCCACGCCCCACCCGAGGUCCGCUCCCAGAUCCUGGAGGGGUGGAAAAAGAGGCUGGGGACCAUCUGGGAGGAAAAGCCCCUCACAUUCGCUCCGAGCAGCAGCUUCGACCUGAGCUUUGCUGCAGGCUUUGUCCUGAAGGAAGAGGUCAAAGAACAGCUGCAGGACCAGACGUAUGGGCUGACGGUUGGCCAACACCUGGGGAAGCCGCUCCCGCCUGACAACCAGGUCAAAGCCCAGAAGAAAUAACCAGUCCUGG